CUUGUGUAUCUGUAGUUAUGGCAGAUUUCUUACACGUUCUUCCAGAGAUCUUUUGCAUUUGUGUAGUCUGCUUUGCACUUUAACGGCUUCCAGAUAUGAUGAACUGCCCAUCACCUGGACCCCAGGGAAACAGUACAUGGCCUUCCCAGAGCACUCAGCAACCUGGGGCCCCAGUGUGGCCCAGUCAACCAUACCAACCUUGCUGGCCCUACCAGCCCAACCAGGCUAACUGGCCUGGGAUGCAGCCCACUGUACCUAGCUGGCCAGCAUACCAGCCAGCACCACCAAAUCAGCCAGUUUGGCCUUCACCCACUGGACCUAGCCAACCAAUACCACCAAGUCAACCCAUCUCACCAAGCCAACCAAUGCCACCAAGUCAACCAAACCAGCCAAUACCACCUAGUCAACUAAUUCCACCAAGUCAUCCAAGCCAGCCAUUGCCACCAAGCCAGCCAUUGCCACCAAGCUGGCCUUCACAACUCCCUAACCCCACUCCACCAUCAUGGCAUGGAAACCCUGGGCAGCCAGGAUGGCCUAAUCAGGGACCGACUGGAGUUCAGCAACAUGUAUGGCCACCUGCCCCACCCACGGGGCCUGUGUCUGUGCCUUUCAACAUGAAUUUUCCCCGAGGCAUCUAUGAUAAGCUGAUGCUUACAAUCAAAGGACAAGUGAAGCCUGAUGCAAAGAUGUUUACUGUUAAUUUCCUGCGUGGUAACGACAUCGCCAUGCAUAUCAACCCACGCUUCAAUGAGGGUGGAAAGCAGGUCCUUGUUCGCAACCACAAGCUGGGGGAUCAAUGGGGACCAGAGGAGAGAACUCUCCAAGCACCGUUUCCCUUUGUGGCAGGACAACACUUUGAGAUGAAGAUCCUCUGUACAAUCAAUGAAUUCAAAGUGGCAGUCAAUAACACACCUGUAUUUGACUUCAAGCACCGCAUCAGAGAGGUGAACCAGAUUGACCGUAUCAACAUCCUGCAUGAUGUAAAUCUUAUAUCUGUCAAUGUGGACACUCUUCCCUGAGACAGUUACUGCUACCUUACUCCAGCUACAUUGCCUGUGCAUAAUGUUCAAGAACUCCAGCAUAGUAUCUGUGCCUUAACAUACUGUUAAUCCAUUUAUGUUGCAAUGUAAAUAUUUCACAAUGGACACUAUGCAAGUCUUCCCAUUCACACAAUGUUUUGCAAAAAAGUUCCUAAUUUGAUGACCUUGCUCAAACAGACACACAACUUCUUCCUUAAUAUGGUACAUAGUGAUGUAAAGCCUUAUAUGUUAUUGAGAUAAUCUAUAAAAUGAGUGAUUUAUUUAUGAUCAUUAAGAAAUUGUAACAACCUGAUAAUUGUUGGUUGGUUAAUGAAGAUGAUAUGAGCAAAGAAAAAAUGUUUAAUCACUCCUCAUUUUAUUUUAAGAACAUCAUGUGAAA